AUGGAUGAAAAUGUGUUGAAAGAAAUCUGUCGGCGUCUUAAGCCUAAGAAGUUUACUGAAGGUGAUAUCAUUAUUGAAGAGGGUAAACGACUUAAAAAGAUGGUCUACAUUGUGGACGGACUUGUAAGCAUUAGAGGCGAAGAUAGCUCCAGUGAUUUUGAGCGAGGUGCAGGAGAAGUAUGUGGAGAAAAGCUUGUACGGAGGCUACCGUCGACCUCAUUUCCCCGCAGAGUACCGGAAACCGAGUCUGUUAUCGCAAAAGGUGAUGUUGAAGCCCUUGUUCUCACGGCUAGUGACGUGCAGGAUAUGGUCUUUGAAUUCGGAAGGCAAUACUUUUUGGGGACAAAAAUAUUUAGUGCAAAACAACUUGAGGAGGCAACAAACAAUUACCUUAAUAUCAUUGGUCAAGGAAUCUCUGCAACCGUUUACGAAGGAAAUCUACCAGAUGGCACAAGGGUUGCGGUAAAGAAGUCCAAAACUACUAGACCUAUCAGUUAUAGUCUACGUGUAAUUAAAGAGGUUGGGGUUGCUUCUCAGAUCGACCACAUAAAUGUGGUGAGGUUCUUAGGCUGUUGUUUGGAACCACAGACACAAGCACUGGUGUUUAAGUACAUUCCCAAUGGCACCCUCUAUGACCACAUUCAUAAAGAAGAAGAGGGCAGAGGAUCAUCACAGACAAAAGCACUUUCAUUGGAGUCACGGAUAAAGAUAGCGUCAGAGACCGCAGAAGCACUGGCUUACUUGCACUCAUUCAUUCCCAAUAAGCCAAUCAUACACGGACAUGUGAACACAAAAUAUAUACUAUUGGAUUAUGAUUUGACGGCAAAGUUGUUUGGCUUUGGAGUUUCACGAUUGUUCAUUGAUGAUGAUGAUGACGAUGAUGAUGAUGAUGAUGAAGCUGUGGCAGCUUAUGUGCGAGAGAAAUUACG